AUGCAUAUUGGGCUGAGUAGUGAUAUGGGAGGUGGGGGUUGGGUGUUUGGAGUGACUGGCAGCGGUUGUUUUCCGGCUGCUAAACCACAUGUCCACCUUCCGCUUCUUUUCUCCGGUAGCCUCGUCGGUGAUGAGCCAGAAAUCGAGGUUCAGAUGCUUGAAGUUAAGCGUAAGCUUGUCCCUGGGAACCUUCAACUUGAUCUACAAGCCAUCGGGGAUGUGCCGCUCAUGAAAAAAAAAAAAGAAAUAAUUUUAAGUAAAGUGAAGUCAAAUCACCGCCUGCUCAUGAAAGGGCUCCGCUGCAAUGGAUGGCAGAGGCGAGUUGUCGAAAGCAAACAGAUUAAAGGAAUCUUACCAGUUGCAUCUAAAGCGAGUUGCGGUCGAAAAGGAGUUGCUGCCCACAUCGGGUGCUUGGUGGAGUCGCAAUGGAGACGCCAGCGUGGAGACGAGUGGAAAGUCUGGACGAGCGAAGGUCUACAUGACUCGCCAGUAGAGCAUUUAUAG